AUGGAGGACCCGGGAGCAGGAGGAGAGGACAUGUUUGGGUCCUUGGAGGAGUUUCAGAAGAUCCUCAGUGAGCUGCUUGGAGACCAGAGUAUGGACAAGGUCAGGGUGGAGUAUGAGAAGCUCAUCCAGGCUCUGAAGAAGUCCAGAGAGAACGAGAAGAGGCUGAUGUCUAAAUGCAGAGAGCUCAACGCAGAGAUCGUGUCCGUCUCAACCAAAGUGGCAGCAGCCCUCAAACUGUCCCAGGAAGACGAGACCACUAUUUCUUCACUAAAGAGGGAGCUCGAUAAAGCUUGGAAAAUGGUUGACACUGCUCAUGAUAAAGAGAAAAAAGACAAAGAGACCAUCAGGAAUUUAAAAGAAGACAUUUCCAACCUAAUAAAGAUGAAUGAACAGCAAACUGGUUUCUCUAAGGACCAACAGCAGAGUGAACGGCUAAAAGUAAUCGAGGACCUGACUAAAGAAAGAGAUCAGCUGUUGACAGAUGUGGAAGAUCUGAGAGAUAAACUGAAGCAGACCUCUGUGACCCAGCAGGAGACUGAAGCCAAACGAGAUGCUGCAUUAGAGAAUAUUUCUCAGCUCCAGCAGGAGCUCCAGGUGCAGCAGAAUGAGAUUUCUCGGGAGAUGAGGUUUAAAGAGAAGCUGGACAAGGAGGUGAAGCAGCUGCACGUCGACAUGGAAGCAAAGAUGGCGGAUAUCAAAGCUCUGAAUCUGCAGGGCCAAAGAGCAAAAGAGGAGCAGCAGAGACUGGAGCAUCAGCUCAAAGAGCUCAAGAUUUUAAACGAGCGGACGAGCAAGGAGCUGGAGCAUACGCAGGUGAAGAACGGCAAACUGCAGCAGGAGAGCGAGCAGCUCUCAUCAGUCAAGGAACAUCUCUCCCUGGAGAACCAGCAGAGCGCCAAUGAGCUCAAGAUGAGAGAGGAGGAGGUGAAUCAGAUGCGUCAGGAGGUGGCCAAACAAACAAAAAUGAGAGAAAUCAUCCAGAAGAAGUUCCACCAGAUGGAGGAGCAGAAAGCUGACGUGGAUGUGCAGAGGGAGACCCUGAAAGCUCAGGUCACUGGUCUGGAGAAAGAACUUGAAUCUUCCAAAAAACAAGCUGAAGUUGACAGAAAAGCCAUCGAGGAGCUGAUCAGAGAGAGAGACAUCUUGAAUAAGAACAUGAUCACAGCGUCACAGUCUACGGAGAAACAGCAGAACCUGGUGAAACUCCUCGAGCAGGACAAGAAGACCCUUGAACAUGAGAUCAAUGGUUACCGCCAGGAAGCCCAGAAGCAACGCAAAAUCAUUCAGCAGCUGGAGAAAGAACGGGACCGCUACAUCAACGAGACCAGCAGCCUCAUGCAGAAGGUGCAGCAAAAAAUGAGUGAUGUUGAAGUAAGAGAGAGUGAGAUAUUUGACUGGAGAAAAAAAGUCACAGAAGCUGAGUGCAAACUUAAACAGCAAGAAAACCUGCUGGAGAGUGUUGUUGCUGAAAGGAACCUCUACAGCAAAAACCUCAUUGAGGCUCAGGAAGAGAUUGCAGAGAUAAAGAGGAAGAUGAAGACCAUGAACAACCAGGUCACCAGACUGAGAGAUGAGAUCACGGGAAAGGAGCUGGCCCUCGCCAAAGACCAGCAGGAACAAAAGCGCUUACAGAAAGAUAACGAGGCACUCAAGGUGGAGCUGCAGACAAUCCGGCUUCAGCUACAAGAAAAAAAGCAGCUUGUUGACAGUCAGAAAGCAGAACAGCAAAAACUGCAGAAGAUUAUAGCAGACGCUGAUGCUGAGCAGAUCCAACAGAAGAAGCAGCUGGAACAGGUUAUCAGAGAGCGGGACAGCCUGGGCAAGCAGCUGCUCCGCCACAAUGAUGAGCGUGCUCUGCUGUACGAGAAGAUCAGGAUCCAGCAGUCCAUCCUGAGUAAGGGGGACUUCCACUACAGCCAGAGGAUCGAGGACAUCCGCCUGCUUAAGCUGGAGAUCAAGAGGCUCCGACGCAAGAAGAGCAUCCUGGACAAGACUGUUCCUAACACAGAGGACUUGAGGCGAGAGCUGUUCCACUUGCAGAGGGAGCUGCUGAGAGAGAGGGUGAGGAGCAGCGUCCUGGAGGAUCAGCUGACCAUCAACAUUCACAGAUGGAGACGACUGGAGGGCAGUGAUCCUGGAAAAUACGAACUCAUCCAGAAGAUUCAGUCCUUACAAAAACGACUAUCAAAAACUCAAGAGCUGGAGGAACGGGAACUCUUAUUACAGGAGAAGGAGAAGCUGUACGUGGAGCUGAAGCACAUUCUGGCCCGUCAUCCGGGUCCA